GACAGCUGCAUACACGCGGGUGUCCACCAAAUUGUUUUUACUUUCGCAAUUUCCUUUCCUCUAGUUUUAUGAAUAUUACCACAGCAAACAUGUUUUUAAAUGCAUAACAAUAGACUGCAUGGAGUUUUACAAAUUAAUAACUAGUUUGUAUGUAUUAUUGAAAUAGUAGCGCAAGUGUCUGUGUUCUGAGAGCUCUUUCGGUCUGUGGCACUGGAAGUACGACAGUGUUUUAGUUUCCCAUCUCGACCGCAGGAGCUGUUGGCAGCUAACCUCCCGACCAGCCAGCAAGAAGCGGACUGAUACGACAGACAUCUACACUGGCUCUAAUUAGAAACCGACUCCAUGGUACACACGACCUCCAACAUGGACGCUAAAUGUCUAAAUAUGACCUAAGCAGGAUGAUAUCCAAAGUGAGCAAUCGGAACUGCCAGCAAGGAUUACAAGAAGUUGGCAGACAGGCGGCAUGACGGAGGAGAAAUGCCCCCAGCUAGUGGACUACUUUGUGGUGGCAGGGCUGGCUCCGGGGGGCUCGGCCCCACUGGACGAAGAGGGCCAGCAGAGAGGGGGCCGGGUGGUGGAGCCGGUCAUAGACCUGGCGGUGAUCGCCCGGGGCUUGGGGGAGGAGGUGCCCGAGGGCUUCACCUGCAUCGAGAAGACCCAGGGGGGCCACCCGGCCGGGCUGAGUGCCGGACUCAUCAACAACCCCCACAUGUACCUGUGUUACCGCCGUGGGCAUGACAAGCCACCCAUCCUCGACCUCGGGGUGCUGUACGAGGGCAAAGAGGUGGUGAAGCAGGGCUGGAAUGUGAUCGAGACCACCCCCUACAGCCGCUCAGCCAGCCUGAGCUCCGGGGGGCCUGCCACCCACCGCACCUUCCUGACCUACCGCCGGGCCCCAGAGUCCCAGGCCCUCCACACCCUGGGGGUCACAGACAUCUCCCUCCUGCUGCCCAGCAAGGGGGAGGUGGCCCCCCACACCUUCUGCCGGGUGGAGAAGAACCUCAACACUGGCAUAUGGGGUCCAGCCUUAUACCUGUGCUACAAGAGAGCUGUAGCCAAAGCCAACGCCCUAGUCUAUGAAGCAGGUCUGAUCAGUCGGUAUCCUGAAGCGGACGUGGAGUCGUUCCCCCUGCCAGAGUCUGUGCCUAUGUUCUGUCUGCCCAUGGGUGUGACGGUGGAGAGCUGGCCCCUCAACACCAAGUACCAGCUUCCUGUCUUCUCUACCUUCGUCCUCACCAGUGCCUGUGGCGACAAGGUUUACGGUGCUGCCAUCCAGUUCUACGAGGCGUUCCCACGGGAGAGCCUCUCGGAGCGGCAGAGCGUCCGUCUUGGCCUGGUGAGCGUGGUGGACCGGCGGCCUAUCACCAACCGCACCCUGCAAGUGAAGAAGAGCGUGUGUGUUCUCUCCCACUGGCCCUUCUUCACCGUCUUCCAGAAGUUCCUCACCUUCGUCUACCGAUACUCCAUCUCCGGACCCCACGUCCUGCCCCUUGAGAAGCACAUCUCCAGCUUCAUGCACAACGUCCCGUUCCCCUCCCCUCAGCGACCUCGCAUCCUAGUGCAGCUCUCCCCUUAUGACAACCUUCUCCUCUGUCAGCCUGUCUCCUCCCCCUUACUACUCAGUGGUGCCAGCUUUGUGAAGCUGCUGCAGAACCUGGGCCCUGAGAACGCCUGUGUCCUGCUGCUGGCUGUGCUGACGGAGCACAAACUACUGCUACACUCCCUCCGCCCCGACGUUCUCACCUCCGUCAGCGAGGCCCUGGUAUCUAUGACGUUCCCUCUGCGUUGGCACUGCCCGUACAUCCCCCUGUGCCCGCUGCGGCUGGCAGACGUACUGUGUGCCCCCAUGCCCUUCAUUGUGGGCGUCCACUCCAGCUACUUUGACCUCUAUGACCCCCCUACUGACGUGGUGUGUGUUGACCUGGACACCAACACCAUCUUUCAAGCAGAGGACAAGAAGCCGUUGUCAUGGCGAUCACUACCAAGGAAGCAAGGCAAGAUGCUGGUGAAUACCCUCACCAACUUGAUGAAGACACUGGAGAAAAUCUACACCACUGGCCAAGAGGAGGCCACCCUGGAGUUCCUGCUGACGGACUAUGACCUGAUCUACGGGCGUCAGAAGCAGCUGGAGCUGGAGAUCCAGGAGGCAUUCCUGCGUUUCAUGAGCUGCCUGCUCAGGGGCUACCGCGCCUACCUCCUGCCCAUCACCCAGGCCCCUUCAGACAGGACUACCGACUGCAGCUCCCUCUUCAACCUGCAGGGCUUCCUGAAGUCUCGUGAACGCACCCACCAGAAGUUCUACACCCAGCUGACCAGGACCCAGAUGUUCACUCAGUUCAUCGAGGAGUGCUCCUUCGUCAGUGAUCGCCAUGCCUGUCUGGAGUUCUUCGACGAGUGUGUCCAGAAGCAGUCGGAUGUGGAGAAGCCUGAGGAGGUGCGUCUGAUAGACCUGGACGAGGCCCACAGUGGGGAGCACACGGUCUUCAUCAUGCCCCCAGAGGAACCCCAGGAGCCAGACGGUUCAGAGUGCCCCACUCACUACAGCUAUGAGACAUUCCCUGUGCUCUGCAUGGAUCUUUUUGACCGGCCUCAGGACCAGCUACGUGUCCCUACCAAGGGGAGUGCCCCGAGCAGCCCUGCCCCGCGACGGACUAAACAGGAGAUUAAGCUGGCACAGAAGCGGGCACAGAUAUACUCGGCAGUGCCCGACAUGUGGUCCAAAUGCCUGCUGGGCCACUGCUAUGGGCUGUGGUUCAUAUAUCUGCCCACCUUUGUGCGGGCGGAGAGUGCCAAGGUGCGUGCCUUGCAAACGGCAUAUGAGGUGCUCAAGCACAUGGAGACCAGGAAGGUGGUACUACCAGAUGAGGUGUGUUACAGGAUCCUGAUGCAGCUGUGUGGGCAGUACGGGCAGCCUGUGCUCGCUGUUAGGGUACUUCUGGAGAUGAAGAAAGCUGGGAUCACACCCAACACCAUCACCUAUGCAUACUACAACAAGGCAGUGCUGGAGAGCAAGUGGCCCUCCACCAAUCAGGGUGGCCGUCUGCGCUGGGCCAAGUUGCGUAACGUUCUGAUGGCCGUGGCGCAGUUCAGACAGCCAAUCAAACAACGGCUGAAGAGUGGUUCAGUACGCUCGCGGACAGAUACAAUGGACAGUAACCAACGGUCCCGCCCACAAUCUAACCUGAUUCGUCAGUCCAGCUGGAGCGGCCUGAGUGAAAGCUCCAGCCACGAAUCGCUGACGGGGUCUAUGGUGAAGAGCAACAGCCUGAACAGCAUGAGAGGCUCAACAGACAAGUCUAAGCUCUCAAUGAAGGCGGUGCUCCGGAACCCAGGUGCCAAUGGCUGCAGCAAUCCUGCCUCCCGUAAGCCCCCCAUGGGGCCACGAGACACCACCACCCCUUCUCCCUUUCCCCCUGGUGGUGUCCUGGUGCGCCGCGACCAGGUGUGCCUGUCCACCUUCUACAAAGACUGUGCCGAGACGGCCGUCUCUGACCCCGACUGCAGCUGCCAGCCUGAGGACAGAGACGGCAGGCCACCUGGGCCGAGAGACACCGUGAGCCGCAAGGCCGUGGACGAGAACUACAAUAAUGUGUCACCGCCGAGUCGGGGAAGCCUGGCAGGGAAACUACAGCAGCUGCUCACACCUACUCGCCAUCGAGUCUCGGGGCGGCGGGCCGCAAGUGUAGACGCUCGGCGCUCGGGGGGUGAAAACGGGCCGGUGCGCAGGGUGUCGGAACAGAGGCUGUCCCGAAAAGCCCAGGUGGCUGAGAGCCUGCUGAAGGCUAAGGAGAGGCUCUACACUGCUACCUCUGAGAGUUCUCUGUCGGUGGGGAGUGACGUCGACCUCCCUGAAACCACCAAUUUGGCCUUUCCUCUCCGCAAGUCCUGGGACACCAACCAAGAGGGAGCAGGACUAGAGGUGUUGAUGUCGAGCUGCUCCCUGUGUCGGAGCUGUAACUCCCUGGUCUAUGAUGAGGAGAUAAUGGCCGGGUGGACGUCUGACGACUCCAACCUCAACUCCAGCUGUCCCUUCUGCUCGACCACCUUCGUCCCCCUUCUCAACGCUGAAAUCUGUGACCUAGGACCCGUCAGCAGCCUGGAACGUACCAAUUGGAACAUGGACGAGGAGGUGGAAAGCGCAGCCAAGUCCCCUGGUGACCAGGAGGCCAUCCUGGGUCACAACGGUGUGAGUGAGGACUCCAGCUCUGAGACCAGCAGUUAUUCUGAGAGCAGCAGCGCUACCAUGGGAUCAUCGGUGGGCGGGUCGCCCCAGGUGACGGUGGCCUACCUGAGCCCAUUGGUGCUGCGCAAGGAGCUUGAGAGCCUGCUGGAGAACGAGGGUGAGGCGGUGCUGUCGCAGGGCCAGCUCCUGGACAGCCACUCCAUCAUCUUCUGGAACAUGGUUUGGUACUUCCAUCGCCUGGGCCUGCCCAGCAAUCUGCUACAGCUGGUUCGCUCCUCACCGCUGGCCAACCAACUAGCACAGACUUCAGAGAACUCAGCAGUGAGGGUGAGGCUGCUGUGGGACACACUGACCCCUGACACAGACUACUGGCCCCCCCUCUACAUCCUGUGGAGGAUACACAGUGGCGUACCCAUGCGGAACCACAGCUGGCGGAGGCACAACCACCCCUUCACCCUGGCCUUCCUGGAGGAAGUGCUGCGCUGGGUCGGCAUGAACGAGGUACACAAGGGAAUCACUCUCUUCCUGGAAACCAUUGCCAAGCAACCAGGCACGCCCAAGAUACAAAGGAGUCUGUACAGAGAGAUGCUCUUCCUCACGCUGGCUGCCAUGGGUAGAGAUCACGUUGCUGCGUUUGAUAAGAAAUACAAGGCUGCGUACCAACGGCUGAGUGGCUCCUUGGGCCGCGAGGAGCUCCGCAGGAAGCGAGCCCAGCCACCUAGCCCCAAGGCUGUGGACUGCAGACGGAGCUUCCUUCUGCCCCUCGAGUGCUAAUACCACCUGCAGGCUCCACCCACUCCAAUCCAGAUCUGCCCCCAUCGCUGCUGCCUCCGCUCCCUAGAACACUGAUACCCAGCUGCCAAGAAGAAGGGAUUGGAAAAGUUAGACCGAAAACAACAGACAGAAAAUUCUGCCUUCACUUUGGACUUCUCCGCUGUGCUGCCACCUAGCACAGCUUGGCCACACUAUAAAAGCCCCCUGACUGUGUAACCACACCUCACUAUCCUUGUUUAUGUGAACCCGAUAUCUACAUUUGACCUUCAUUAAUUUCCAUUGUGCAACUGGCCUUUGGACAGCUUCAAUAACUAAACACAACCCUCUCAUCCUAUAGUUUGGCUACAGGGAUUAUUGGACCUGGUACAUACAGCCCAGCCCCCUUGGACUUUGCUCAUUGCUCGUAUAUACAUGGCCUCUGCCUCACCAAUAUAACUCAUACUGGUUUGUAGGUCAUAAACCAUGCAUUUCAUUCGUAUGCAACAUGUAAGGCAUAUUACCGACCUGCGAUCUAUGCAUUCAAUGUGAAUAUAUUCUAUAAUUUGCAUUGCUUUCAGACAGAAAAUCUCAUGAGUGGGAGAUGUCUAGUGAUCCUUGAUGUGAUGGGAAGUGUCUAUCAUCGAACUGUAACAUACAUUACAUUGCAAGGGUACAUACCAAUCACUCACAGUCACAGUGAAAACCUUUAGAAUAGAUCGCAUUUCAUGCCUCUCUUGCUCUUUUUCACCCUCUGGAAUUAAUUCUGUCAACUGGACAUUGGUGGUAAAGUCUAUCACAUAGGGAUGAGACUGCUUCAGCAAGCCAAUCCAAACGAGGAUGUUUACUCUGGGAGAGCAUGAUAUUGAAUAUGACUUCGGGUGAGGAUAUCUUCGGGAGGAUUAUGUCAGCUCAGAUGUCGAAUCUGGGAGAGAAUUAUGUCAACUAAGAAAGGAUGAUGUUGACUGGGAAAGGAUGAUGUCAACUCUGGGAAAGGAUGAUGUCAAAUCUGGGAGAUGAUGUCGACUCUGGUAAAGGAGGAUGUUGACUGGGAAAGGAUGAUGUUUCCUAUUGAUUUUGGGAGAGUAUGAUGUUAACUAUCGGUUUUGGGAGCAGAUGGUGAGCUGUGGUGAUCAGCAAUGUAAUGGUUUGAUCACUAUCACUAUUUUCAACCUGACGGAAGUGGGAACUCUGCUCAGGCAUCUUUCUAUGCCUGCAACAUUAGGUUAGGCAGGAAGUGGAGGGGGGUGUGACUGGGAACAGACACUGACAGUCAAGGAGAAUCCACGAGUCCUAUAAAACCCCAGUCCUGCACCCCUACAUCACAACCAGGAAGGACUUUUCAUACAUGGACACACAUACAUAUUGCAUACAGGAUUUAUCAGUUGUAUUGUGUUUUUAAUUCCCUGUAGUGUUCUUGUGAAUUUGAAGUGUGAUUGGGGGUUCUCAGUUCAAGAACUGAUUCUCAGAAAGUGGCUGACAGAAGAAUAAAAGAAAAACGUGUAGAAGGGGGGUUGAUUAUGGUAUGUAUGAUGUCAUGUGUUUUCUCAUGUUUUAUGCGUAUUUACCUCAUCUCAUACCUCUUUUCCCAUGUUAAACGGGAGUGAUUUGUCUGGGAGGAUGGUCCACAAGGAAAUGACUGUGAUGGACCUUUAGUAGUAGUAGACUGUGAUGGAACUUGAGUCACACAUCACCAGUUUUUCCAUUCACCACACAUUGAGGCCAGUAGUGGGUUAAGAAUUUUUGGCAGAGAUCAAAGUUCAGAAGAUCCAGUUGAGUGGAAGGGUUUAAGGAGAGGAAGGUACUUCACUGUGGAGCACAUACUUACCUACUAGGUUCUUGUUUUCAUGUACAGUACCUGUGAGGCCUUUUCCCCUCUUAGUUUAACACUUUAUUUGUUGUUCGACUUUGUAUAUGAAAACAAAUUAAUUGCACAAUGGACUUUUCAUUUUCUUUCAAUUUCAUAUGAUGUUGCCACACUGUUAAAUGCCUAUGUUACCAUCAUACCUUGUUUUUGAUCUUGCAGUGUUAUAUAGCAGAGUCACGAGAGAACGCCUUGUGUUCUGCUUUUGAAGAUUGUGUGAGUGACAGAAAUUAUUGUCCCACCUGGGAAGUAAAGCUGUAUUUACAACUAGGGAUGUGAAGUUGUAGCGAGAACAAUUUUCAGAUCUCAUAUUUUAGUCCUGAGGGUGAGAUAUAUUUCAGAUGGCACUGAUAUCAUUGUGAGUCUACCCAUAUAUCAUUAAAGUACAAGGGAGACAUUGUUUGCACACAGCCAUCCAGUCAACAGGGAUAUACAGACUGGAGCAAAGCAUUGAGCAUUCUCAGCCAGUAGAGGGCAUACAGAGUCCAGUUCUAGCCAUUGGUAGGGUGAAUUGGGCUUGAUCAUGCUAAGGCAACCCUGGUCUUGGAAUUGACACGUCUUUAGUAAUAACAUGGUGGGAACCUGUUUAUUCAAAUUGCCUAUCAGUGGUCAUGACGUAAAGGAGACCCAAGAGGGAAUGCUGUUUAAAAGUUAAGACUUGAGUUAUUGUCAGCGUCUCUAAUUACACCCUAUUUGGCUCUUGGUCAAAAGUAGUGAACUGUAUGGAUAGUAGGUUGAUAAAGUGGUGUAUAUUUUGAGAUUUCCCAGCCUGAAGUUAGAUUGUAAAAAUAAGGUAGGUAGAUUUGUUCCCCAACGUAGGCAAUAUUACAUUUAUGGCCACUAUUUCAAUGCACCGGACUGCAAGUGAAUAUAAGGGACAUUUAUAUUGUCUGUUCCUUUAUUGGUCAAGUGAGCAAAGAAAUGAAGAGAGGAUAUCUGUAUUUAAAAUAUAUUGUGUUUGCUGUUGUAAUUUAUAUGGAUGUGACUUCAGUUGUAAAUGUCUUGUUUUAUAGAAGGAAAAUACAAACAGAUUCCCCAAA